AUGUCCACAACAGAUAACAACAGCAGCUCAAAGGCAAGUCCCAUGAGCGAUACCCUAGUGAUUGUUCUCAGCACCGUAUUCAGCGUAAUCGGCGUCGUCCUCAUCGUCGUGGCGGCCUACCUCUGCGUGCGGCGCCGGCAUCGCCGCAUUUCGCUUUUCAAUCGAGGCAUAACACCCAUUGGCGACGAGGAAAUCGAAACAUGGAAGAGGCCCAACCGGCGCACAUCAACCAAGGAGAAGAGACAGUCAGGCCUAGACCCGGCAGAUAUUUUUACGAGGCGGCCAAUGCACACGCCGAACAUCUCGACUUUGUCUUUGAAGCGAGCUCCCAGCGUGAUCCAGUACCAGCACAAUGGAGCCGGUCGGAUAUCGCUAGAAGCGGCCUUGGCGACGUCGCCACGGUCGUUUAUCAACAGCAGCGGAAGAAAGUACAGCAUGGACCUCCCCCGUCCCGAGCCGGCCGUGCUGGCGCUCGCCCCUAACGCGCGGUCCGGACUCACCGACGAGACGGUACCCGGCGACGACCCCUUCGUAGUGCAGCCGUCCCCAAAACGGCACCCAUCGCGCCUUUACAAAUCGCCACCGAACUCGUCGCCGAACGCGCGCACCCACAGUCGGACGUGGGGCUCGAGGAGCAGUAGCAUGCGCAGCUACACUGAGGCGUGGCAGCAACAGGGCGGCGGCGUCGAGGCGUCGCCUACGGGCUCGUGUCCCCACUCAAACGGCCACUCGCGCAUCUAUUCGUCGUCUUCGAUACCGCCGCGGCUGUCUUCCGGCGACGACGAGGCGUUGAUGGGCCUGUCGCCGCCGCCGUCGCGGCGGAACAACGAAGUUAUUGGCCAGGCUCUCGGUUGA